CGAACAAUUGGGACUGUUGCCCAAUUGUUCAAAGUGCCUUGAAGGCGUCUUCUUCGACUCGUACCUAGCAACGCUGACUUUCUGAUGGACAGUGCCGACAAAAGGACGUGGAGGAGUAUUUUAUUUUGGCGUGCCAGUUGGCCUCGUCUAGACGACGAGCUGCUCAAAAUAGGCAACAUGAUCUUCGGAUACCGACGGAACAACGCCUUUGUGAUGAGAUAUAAAGACCGCUUCGCAUGCGACCACAAUCCUAGUUGAAAGCGACGUCUGCCAUGGCCUUUGCUGUCAGCUUCGUCGCCGCCGUUGCACUUGGUGCGGUCUGCGCUCGCGCGCAAACGCCGAACAGCUCGUUUCCCCACGUCUACUCCGGUCAGCCAAGUGGUGGUCUCAGCCCAGAGUGGCAGAACUAUUUUGAGGUGAAAGAUAGUUUGCCGAAUGUCACCUUUCCACUCACGCGAAGCUUCGCUGGCAACAUACCCGUUAAUCGACCGGGGCACGACAACGACACACUAUUUUUCUGGGCUUUCGAAAAGGAGAAUGGGUCGUUAACGACAAAUGGAAGUACGGAUCCUUGGUUGGUUUGGUUGCAGGGAGGACCUGGUUCUUCCAGCAUGGCCGGUUUGCUUCUCGAGAAUGGGCCUCUGCGAGUACAAGACGAUCUAUCAUUAAGAGCAAAUAACUUUAGUUGGAAUACGCUUGUUGACACUUUCUGGGUUGACAAUCCCGUCGGAGUGGGUUUCGCAACUGCAGAUGCCACAGGAUACGUCCUCGACGAUGACCAGAUGGGAUCAGACUUUGUACAGUUCCUUUCCAACCUCGUCAAGGUAUUCCCAAGUUUAGCAACUCGACCAUUGAUUAUUGCUGGCGAGAGUUAUGCUGGUCGAUGGAUUCCCUAUGCUACGAAGACCAUCUUCUCAACACCGAAUGCACCGGUCAAACUCAUGAAGAUAGUCAUUGGAGAUGGUACAAUCGGUGGCUUCCCAGCCUCACAGGACUCAACUGUCGUCUCGGUCAUUGAGACAUACCCGCAGGUAGUCGACUAUGACACGGACGUGCUUAAUUAUUUCCGUGAACAGACUAAUCUUUGUGGCUUCGACCUAAACUUAACAUACCCGCAGACUAGUGGUCACUUCAAAGCACUGGUCUAUCCAUUACCAACAGAUCCACUAAGCCCGCUUAACCCCUCCACUGCCGAUCUCUCAUCUCGCCGUCUGUAUCGCUCUACCUCAACCAGACAGAUGAUGAAGCGCUCCAUUGUCGAGUAUGCUAAACGUACAACCGGCACACAGCUUGCGAAACGUGGUUUAGAGCAGAAGGCAAAGAGACUGGCAUGGAAGCGUGAUUUAUCACUACGCUCGAACGGAACUAUUGACUCGUGGUAUGCGUGUUUCUUGCUCGACGAGCUCUAUGACUAUAUGGUCAACUUUACAUUGCCCUGGAGUCAAGACCCAACUGGGGCUGCACUUGACGUAUAUGACCUUACGGAUGCGUUAGUAGUGAAGCCAGCAACGUCUCCGGGCAAUAUGCUUCCUCCUGUCUUCCUCAAUGACGAACGGACAGUCGCUGCAAUACACGCGCCAACCAGCAAGCAAUGGAUCGAGAGUGCCCAAUAUCCGUUCAAUAGCUCGUUCAUGCUGGGUGACAUAAGUCCUGAUCCGCAGGAUUUCUUGAACGAGCUAGCAGCAAAUGCUUCCGAACGUGGUGUAGGCAUUGUACUCUACUCAGGGAACGAUGACUCACUCCUCGCCCAUCACGGAACUGAAGUGACCAUCCAGAACACGACCUUCGGCGGCACUCAAGGUUUCGCUCGCAAACCUUCGACACCCUGGACAGACGAUACAGGGAAAUUCGCAGGCAUCGUGCACCAGGAACGAAACUGGACAUACGUCCUCUUCGACGGUGCAUCGCAUCUCGUCCCGCAAAAGACACCUGCAGCAGCAUUCGUCUUCCUUCGGGAAUUCGUUUUAGGAAACAAUCAGACAGGCCUCGUUACCGAUGCGUCGACGCCCGCAGUUGGUGGCGAAGUGUCUUCACUCGGGAACGGCUAUUUACCGGGAAAUUCAGUGGUGUUUGGAGGAAGCAUAUCGACGACAACGACGUUCACAUACCCAGCUCCGACUAUAUCUGCAUGGAACGCAUUUGUGUCAAGCAUGGUUAGUGUCGAGAAUGCUGCUGCGACCGCGAGCAGCGCGUCACCCCUCUUUGCACCAAGCAUUGGGCUGAUUGCUAUUCUGGCCACUUCGCUAGCCUAUUUCACCACGUGCCGGCCUCUGGACUUUGCAAUGCUUUGAUAAUUCUUGACGUUCCCUUCACGUUGUUCAAUGCUACCUUUGGGAUAAAAUGCUUUGCCUAUGAGACCAACUGUUUAUUUAUCUGUAAUUUUUGUACCAAUAGCCUGGUGCAUGUAUAUCCGCUUUCGAACCCGCGCAAAAC